AUGCUCAACUUUACUUCUGUGAUACUAAUAUUGACAAUCUACAAACCUCCUUUGUAUUUGGCGGCCAGACAGAGCUCUCACAAGAAUUUGGCUAGUCUGGGCGUGGGUAAACUAGUGGACGAACAGAGAAUCAUAGAAAAGUUGUUGGAUUACGAGAAUGGGAAAGGAUACGAUUGGAGGUUGAGGCCUAAAGGAAGGUUGAAUACAAGCAGCAGUGAAGGGCCCGUGGAGAUUGUGGUCAACAUGUACUUACGGUAAGUUCUUUAAAAUUAUGUGAGUGAAAUGCGAAAAAUUGUCAAAUUUUAAUUUUUAAAGAAGUGUUACAAAUUUUAAAAUUGUUUUAGUUGUCCCACUUUCAGGAGUAUAUCAAAAGUCGAUGAUGUUAACAUGGAGUUUGCGUUACAUUUCACAUUUCGUGAAGAAUGGGUGGACGAAAGAUUACUCUUCUUCAGCCCUUAUCAUAAACAUAUUGUACUUUCUGGUGAUCAACACCAAAGACGCAAUACGAAAGGUAAUUUGAGUUUUCUGAGACCUUUCAAUUACUCAAUAUAAGACAAUUCGCUUUUAAAACGCUUUAGGUCGUUAAUCAUGGAACUAACUACAAAUCUAACUAGUAAACUAUAAAGUAUGAUUUUUUAGUUUGGACCCCAGACACUUUUUUCCAAAACGAAAAGAACGGCAAGAAGCACAUAGUAGAUCUACCUAAUGUCAUGAUCCGUAUACACAAUGCGACAGCCAAAGUCCUGUACUCAUGUCGGUAUGUUAUCAGAGAAUCAAGGUUUUUACAAAAUUAUUACUAUUGGUCUGAAGUUAUGAGGAGAAUCAUCUAAUAAGUGAUUUUUAAAUCAUUUUUGGUUAACUCACUGAAUAUAUGCAAUAUUACUAUCCCCCGUUAUAGCAUGACAUUAACCCUGUCGUGUCCAAUGAAACUAGCUGCCUAUCCAUUGGACGUACAGACCUGCUACAUUGACUACGCAUCGUACGCAUAUACUGCUCAAGAGAUAAAGUACAGAUGGAAGUUGGACGAUCCAAUUCAAAUCAAACACGGGUUACAUCAGUCGCUGCCAUCCUUUACAUUGAGCGAAGUCAGUGUGGGUAAUUGUACCUCAGUAACUACAACUGGUACCUACAGUUGUCUCAGGACUAUAUUGAAAUUAAAAAGAGAGUUCAGUUACUACCUACUACAACUUUAUGUGCCGUCUUUCAUGUUGGUACUGGUUAGCACGAUAUCAUUCUGGUUGAACGAGGAAUCUGUUGCAGCUAGGAUUACUCUUGGUGUUACAGUACUUCUCACAGUCACCACUAUGGUAAGUUUUUAAUAUAAAUGAAAGAAAUAAACUUGCUAACAUAUUCUAUAAUAAUAUUUCAAAGUAUAUUGUAAAUGAUCAAAAAUGUCAUUUUUUAGGCUUCUGGUGUCAAUGCAAAUCUACCACCAGUCAGCUACACAAAGGUACCGCUAGUUCUACAUUAACUUAGUUUUUCUAGCAUCUUUAGGUAAUUCAAACCCCAUUUUUUACUAUUUAGAGCGUGGACAUAUGGAUUGGAGUGUGUACUGGCUUCAUUUUUGGAGCACUUCUGGAAUUUGCGCUGGUGAACUGGGCGCUACACAAAGAUAUAAAAUACAAAAACAGACUUCAGAAGCAGGCCACCUCUUUGUUGGACAUGUAAGUUCAACAUAUUUUGAGAAUUUAAAGUAAAAAAUGGAAUAAAAACAUAAAGAGAAAGUAUAGCAACUAAAAUGGACUAAUAAGAAAAGUUAUGAAUAGCUAUAGAGAAUAUGUUAAAGUCUACAACAAUAUGAUAACAGGACGGAUGGAAAGAUGUAAUUUGAUAUUUUCAAAAACAUAAAAAAUCAAAAUUACGUCUUUCAUGCUUCCUAAGGUUAUCUUCCAACAAGUUGACUUUAUUUUAGACGUUUGAUUAGACAAUAUCAAUAAAAUAAUGAAACAUUGAAAGAAUUGGACAAUUCACUAACGCAAUAUGAAACUUAAACCUGAAGAAGCUUGAACUUCAAUAUAAAUCAGCAAAGGCAAAGUCCAAAGGCAAAGAAGGCAUUUUCUCGAAAAAAACUAUCAAAAAAGAUAAAUUUAUUUUAAAAAUAAAAUUCAAAGCAAAAUUUCGCGCCAAAUCAAAGGGAAACAAUGACUUCUUAUACGUUAAAACGUGUCUUAUACUUUUAAUCAUUUGAGGAAACAUGAAUUUGACAGUUCAAAAAACUAUAAUAUAACCCUAAAGUUUAUAAAACUAAUGGAAACGCCACUGUAUUUCAGGCAUACUAGACAUAUGGUAAGGCCGGACGCCAAUGCUGACGAUCCGCAGGAUUCAGCGCGUAGUUUUAUUGGCAUGUUCCAAUGGUAUCAACUCAUGAAGCGGAUACGACACAAAGAAAAGAGUCAGAAGAUAGACAUCGUGGCACGUGUGGCAUUUCCUGUUUCUUUUCUACUUUUUAAUCUUAUUGUGAGUUGAUGUUAUUUGUAUUUUUAAUACUUUAAAAGUGCUUUUCAUGAGUUUUGUAUCUAAAAUAUUUAUGACAAGUUUAUUGUCAAGUAAGAGCAGCUUCUUUUAAUAAUUUUUUACGUGAAAAUACGGUUUUCUGGUUUAAAGGGUUUGCUGAAUAUAAAAGUAUCCCUUUUUGCUACUAUUUCUUAGUUUAUGUUGUUAUAAGGCAGUGGACGAGUAUUUUUAUGUUAAGUUUAAGAUUGACAACUACGUUACUUUAUAGACUAAAGCUUUUCAAAAUACGGUGUAAUAUUGUAACAGCACACUUUUUGUGUAUUAUCUGAAUGUUUUUUAGUAUUGGGCGUAUUAUCUCACACCGUACAUGGCUGUGAAGUCAACAACUCGUGUUUCGGCCAAGGAUUUGUGA